AUGGCGGGUGAAUCUCUCUUCCAAGUGAGUGAUAAUGUGGAGUUUUGGAGAGUAUUGACCCACUUGAGUGUCUUGGCAGCAGUUCUUCUAUUCUUCGAAUACGUCCUGCACUAUGUAGAGCGUCACCUAGCGCGCUACGACAAGUACUACCACAUGCUUCAGAAGGUGUACAGGGAGUUUAUGAUCCUCGGGCUGAUAAGUCUCGUGCUGAAGAUCCUCAAGGAAGUUGCGCCAAUCGACAGCUCCAGCAGCCCGAUGAUCGCUUUCCAGGUCGCUGAUCGCAUCAUCUUCGGCUUCGCGAUCGCUCUCGUGUUACAGUCGUUGUGUAUCUUCCUCCAAGUUCGAAAAUUCAGCAAACAUGCCUUCCAAACAGAGUUGAUCACCACGAGAGAUUUGCUGGACAUCGUGAGGUAUCGAGUACUCCGCCACUUUUUCCUUCGUCGGUUUGGCCUACCGCAACUUUUCCCGUUCUCCAGGUACAUAAGACGCGCGCAAGCAAAUCACAUCUCGCACAUGAUCGAAGUGGAGCCGUUGAUGUUUCACUCGUCAAACUUCUCGUGA